AUGGCUCGAAAGCUGUUCGUCGCGUUCGGCGUGGCGCCCCGUCAUCGCAAGGGCGCUCGUUAUAGCGAGCCCCGCGGCGCUGGGGACGCACUGACAAACUUAAUAAUAAGCCAUAUUAACGAAAGACGCGCGACUCUCGACCUUAAGGAACCAUCGAUACGUAUGGAGGCCGCUCAUGUGCUAGCACACUUAAACUUGUCGGAGCUUUACAACCAGCCUUCCUCAUUACGUCUGUCGGCGUUAUUGCCAUCUCUUCGCAACAUCAGUAAACGCCGCUCAGAAAAAUAUUUACGUACCUCUCGCACACAAACAUUCAGAAGGGAAAGCAAAGGAACCAUA